UGUUUUUUUAACGUUAAGACCGAACCAAAUUUUCGAAUAUAAAGAACCGUUUUAUCGUUCAUGAAAUCAGUUCCCAGUAUUAAACGUAAAACGAACAUUUCGAGUUGUUGUGUAAAAAUGUUGAAGUUGAUUUUUGUAACGUGUUUGAUUGCAUAUGUGGCUUCAAUUCCGGUAGACGAGAAAAAAACGCCACCAAAGUCUGAAGAGCGUGUUUUGAUUAAGCGCGAAGAUCACAUUGCAGCCGGAAAAGCAUAUGCUGAUAAAGUUGAAAAUCAAAAGAAAAAUGAUGAAGCGCAAUCACAAAACAAUUCGAAAACUGUACAAAAUCCAAAGCAUUUGAAGAAACGUGAAACCGAAUCAACACCCCCGAAGAAAAGUGAGCGACAAAGUCGAGAUGUGUCAAAAGAAAAACCACAAUCAGAUCGUAAGACUCGAGAUACAUCGAAUCAAAAGGACGCAUCAAAUCAAGAUCAACAUCGUUCAUAUCAUGAAACGUCGAACAUAGAAGAUAAAAAUAAACCAAAACAUGAUAUCCCACCAUUUGGUGAAAAUCCAGCAAAGCCAAUUCAAAAACGGGAGACGGACAAAGAUGAACCUAAAAAGCAUAUUGACAACGUUGCCGAUGACGAGGAUGAUCAAAGUGAAAAAAAUAAACGUCCAACUCGUGAAACUUCCGAUGAAGUGAAAGACAAGAAACCAGAACAAAAAACUAAACGUGAAACAAACGAACCAAAACCGAAAUCGAAUGAUGCCAAAAACCAACCGAAAACCGGUUCAUUUGGCUCACAUUAAAUCAUGUUAUUUGACCAUGGACAAUUCUACCUUUUUUUUAAAAAACAAUUCUUAUCAACUCGUUUAAUCACUUAAAAUUAAUUUUAGAUUCAAUUGUUAUCUGGAUCCAAUUAUCUGCAAUAAAAACAAAAAUCGAUUAUAUUUGAAAUGCAUGUGUGUUUUGGUGUACCGUCUUGAGCAUUCAGUUAAACAAAGCAGCUUUGAAAUUGAUACACACAGUGCACAUGUCAUAAUGGGCCAUUGCGCACGUGUAUGUGUUUGUUGUAAUGUCAUUCAUUGUAUUCCAGCUGUCAAUGUGACUGUCAUGCGAUACAAAUGUAAAUCGAAAGAUUCCUAUAAAUUUGCAUUUUGUUUUUGUAAAUCACGGUUUUAAAAUUCAAGCAAAUAAAUUACAAAUUAAAUCGGUGAAAAUCCCGUUACAGAUUGCACCAUUGAUUGCCAUUUUUUUGAACAAAUUUGUGCUUUUGCAAAGGCUUUAAAUUUUACUUCAAAAUCAGUCGAGCGGAAUAAAUUGUGCGUGAAAAUAAUCAACUAGAAAUGUGUUCCGAUCAAAAUCGACAGCCAGGAUCAAUUUCAAUAAAUCGGGAAAAUGGUGAAAAUGAUCCAAUUUAUGUUGCGGUCACAAUCGAUAUAGAUGACAUUUCAGAUGGUGCAUUGAAAGUGUUAAAACGUAUUAAACCAUUUUGGUCAAUAAGUAAUGUUCAAUUCAAGGUUUUUACAGACGGUACGACAAACAAACUAAUCGGAUGCUGCAUUCCAAAGCACAAUAACAACGUUGACAGUUCAUUGAGUGACGAUGGUGAUGACAAUUUGAAUCAAUAUGAAGUGAUUUUAAUUCGAAUUUACGGUAAAAAUACGGAAGUAUUAAUUGAUCGUCAAAAAGAGAUAGAAAAUUUCAAGUCAUUAUACAGAUAUGGAUUUGCGUCACGUUUAUUGGCAACAUUCAACAAUGGUCUGGCCUACGAAUAUACCGAUGGUAAACCGUUAACCAAAACUGAUGUAUACGAUGAGCAAAUUUGGCGAAAAAUUGCCCGACGAAUGGCUGAAAUGCAUCGUGAUGUUGAGAGUAAUAAAAUCGAUGCGCAACCAAUGCUUUGGACCAAAAUCAAUAAGAUGUUCAACCUUAUUCCAAUCAAAUAUUCCAAUCCAAUCAAACAACAAAGGCGAGAAGAGUUGCUACCGCCCAUUGAUGAACUUCGAACGGAAUUUGAUCGCCUUUUUGCCGUUGUAAGCAAAAUAAAUAGUCCAAUCGUAUAUGCACAUAAUGAUCUACUGCUGGGCAAUAUUUUAUACGAUGCAUCGGAGUGUUUGGUACAAUUCAUUGAUUAUGAAUAUGCUGCCUACAAUUUUCAAGCAUAUGAUAUUGGAAAUCAUUUCACUGAAUUUGCCGGUAUGACCGAUAUUGACUACACACUAUACCCAUCCAAAGAGUACCAAUUGGAAUGGCUACGCGAGUACCUGACACAUUACCAUAAAAAUGACUCAAUUGUUAUUACGGACGAAUAUGUGCAUCGAUUAUACGCUGAUGUCAAUAAAUUUGCUUUGGUUGCACAUUUCUUCUGGUCACUAUGGGGUCACAUUCAAGCUGAACAUUCGGAAAUUGACUAUGAUUUCCUUGAAUUUGCCAGCCUCAGAUACAACGAGUAUUUAGAAAAACGAGAUUCAUUUUUAUCGUUAUGAUUUUGUCGCCGACAUUUUAAUUUAUAUAUAUUUACUUUUUAUUAAGAUUGUUUAGUUCAAAUGAAUAAAUCACAGGCUAAGAGCUUAAGUGCCAAAAAAAACUCAACAAAACAUCAGGAGAGGAUCUAUUGUGUGGACGCGAUUUUUUUCGCUGUACAAAUACAUAUAAAUUUAUUCUGAAUAAGCAAUUGGUACCAAUGAUAGUAGUACAUAUUUUUGGUUAAUUUAAUAUAUUAAAUAAAAAAAUGUGUGUUUUUGCCUAUCUGUUGAUAUCCAAAUAAAGUGGAAUAUUGUCGUAUAAAAA